AUGAACGAUUACAGCCCUCGUCUUCACGUCAUCUACGCAGGUCGCGGCGAUGCCAUGUACAUAGAAUGGACCGAUAAAACAAAAAAAAAGCAUCUUGUCCUGCUUGAUGGAGGGCCUUUAGUUUACGAGAUUGCCCCAAACCCUUCGGGGCCAACCCUUUACAAAAAACCAUACCAAAAAAGACCCGGUGGAAAUGAUGCUCCCUAUAGUAAGUAUCUCUUCGCAGCUGGGCAGCAUAUCUGGAAAACUCGCAUCUCCAACAACGACAAGGUCAAAUUUGAACCAAGUGCCAUCAUCAACUCACACCCACACGAUGACCAUCUCGAUGGGCUCUUGGCAUUCCUCAAUUAUGCUCUCGCCAAAAGGCCAUAUGAUUUCACGUUCAAUGGAAACUUUUAUCAGCCAUUCUGUGACGGUUCCUGGGGCCUCAAGAACACUCGCGAGCAGUUGGUCGAUGAAUUGGAAUGGACUGAGGGUAAGGGCUUUGAGUAUGAUGGUAUUCAGGUUGACUAUCCCGACCCAAAGUCAAUUCUGAAAUGGUAUCCCAAACCCAAACUCGGAGGUGGCCCAAAUUAUAAUCCAGAUAAAUCCUGGAUCAACUUGGAGAGUAUUUUGAUGAGAACUGUUCCGGCCAAGAUGGAAGUGGAAGGGACAAUGUAUUUCACUGGCGACAAUGUCGGAUGGAAGAUCACGGCCCAAAAGCCUCCAACGAAGCUCUCUAUUUACAAGAUCCAGCACCAUGGCAGUAUGGUCAAUACCCAGAUUCAGGAUGACCGCAACAUAAUCCAUGCCAACGUUGGCAAGGAGGCAGUGGUACGAGACUGGUUUGAAGCCAUUUUGUAUCCCAAAUGGAAUCUCAAGGGAAAAGGACCAUCGAAAAUUAUAGAAAUUCUCAAAAAGAAGCACAAAAAAUUCGGGGUCGAAAAGAGGCUCAAGUUGUACAAAGGAAGACUCGACAAUCGUUACGGUAAAUACACUUACUGGUCCCAGCGUUGGGAAGAUGACAAAGAAAUGAGAGAAAUUGAGGGCAAUCUUAGACCAAUACCAUCAACAUUAUACAGGGAGGUGUUGGCUGAAGUGAAGAAAAUCCCAGCUACAGACCCGGCGUAUGCUGCGUUUUUUUUAGCUUCAGGGGAGAAAACGAAGUGGUGGGAAAAGUCUACUGACUGGGAAGCGGGGAGAAGGGAGUUUCUGCGAUAUAUGGCCGUUGGCCAGAUCAGGAAAUUCUUCUCAACCUUUGUUGCCGACGCCUAUGUCAUCAGCGCUAACUAUCACCACAAGCAUCCGUCUCCGGAAACCAUUCUAGGUCUGGCCUUGGCCAUCAACGAUCAGCUGAAGAACAAAGACAAAACCAAGGGCGGCACACUCUACGUGACUGAUGGAUCAGCCGUGGACUUGCCAGGUUUGGAGGACCUAGCUGAAGCCACAGGUGUCGACUGGAAAACAUUGUCGACCGGCCUAACCAUCAGAGUCUUGAAGGGCAGAUGCUACAUGAGCUUGGAUGCCAGCGACGACUUCAAAGGUCUAGAUCGAGACACGACUUCUGCCACGGAGGAAAUAUCUUUUGAUCGCAAGAAAAUAGCCGAGAGGAUAGAUUUCCGUGCGGAUGUUGAGGCAGACACCUCACACCUGGGUGAGCGAGACCUCGGACCUAUCUUCUGCAGCAUCGUACCCCCCGAUAUCACCCAGAAAGUGUGUUUAGACAUCUCACGGGACACCCCAGAUCUAGUCCCAUGGUCCAUUGUGCCCCCAAAAAAUCUUCUCGUCGAAUACGCUUGGAUCACUCAAGGCUCGACUAGCCCGACAGGCGAAGACGAGACCCGUCAUUUGGUCGUCAAACAGUGGAUGGUCACCGACAACAAGUGGAAAACGAUGGAUAUUUGGAUGGAAAAGAUCACCGCAGUCUGGGGCAAAAGUACAAAGACUUUGCUAUACUGGAAAGUUGCGGGUACAAAGAAAGCCUUUUACAUCAAGACAGUGUCGUUGGUCCCAACGCUCGUAAUCGAGGAUCACAAAAGUCCACUACCACCAGGUUACCAGCUAGUCUAUUUUGUCAUUGAGCUGGACCCAAAGAACAAGAUUCUCAUGCCCGCCAUCCCCAGAUUACCCCAUGGGCCUCCGAGUUUCAGGUCGUUUUGCAUCGCAUCAGUGCUCGACCCUACUACUAUCUCAACUGCAAGCAAGGCCAUUGAGGCGUUGACGAGCAACGAAAUCGUGAUGGCCCUGGACCUGCAUAAUAACUUCGAGACUGCAGUGCUCAACUAUCAAAUCCACCUUGACAAGUCGGUCGUUGAGUACGAUUUUGAUGAAGUCAGUGUUGAAGUCCAGUCAGCAAGCAUCAUCUUCUUAAUCCCAGACAAUGCCACCAUCCAGCUUGGAUCCGAGACCUUUCUUGUCAAGGAGGUUACAUUUGACCUAUCUUGGGACAAGCAAGACUUGAUCAAAGCCAAACUAGACGUCAAAACCACGACAAAGACUGAAGUUGUGGUCAAGAGAGAGGUACCUGGGGCAAAGCACGCUUCAACUCUCAGAAAGUCCUUGAUCGGUAUGGGUGUCAAACCCGAAGAACUUACGAAGGUUCAACUUCCGAAACUGCUCGGAUACCUGAUCAAUUCCGACUCCAAAAUCUAUUCACUUCUCUACCAAGAGACUCCUGCAUCACUGCUGCUCUCAGGGAUUCUACGUCUAGUUCCCGAUCUCGAAAAAUCACGCGCCCGGGUGACCAUGCUUCCAGGAAACAUGCCCUUGAUCCAUCAAGUGGACAUCAAAUGCAAUCUCGACACGGCCGUUGGCGUGCUUGAAGGUGAAUCCAAGCCCAAGCCUUUCGACCCUCACAUCUCGUUCGCUGGAGUCAAUCUCGUGAUACAAACCUUGGGUCUCUCAGUAUACAAUGCAACAAGCCCCGGUGAGACUAUUAUACUUACGGGCACGGCCAGAUUUGCAACCGCCAAGAAACAAGGCCUUAUAGUAAACCUGAGAUGUGUGAUAGAAGGGCAAGACAGGGAGCAUCCUGAGGUCGAGUUCACCAUCGACGGCACUCAAUCGCUACACGACCUCGUCACCGAGCUUUCAGGCACCAUGAGGUUUACAGAAGCCGUCCCGCUGAAUGGUAAGGGCUUUACCCUGCAGUCCCUUAGCCCAUCUCAGGUUGGCUUCGCGGUAACUCAGCCUGUUACUGCGCAUUCCCAUUGCGUAUUGUCGCGUGUAUGGGCCUCUACAGACUUUGACGAGUGGCAAAACUUUCUUCCUUCAUCGGUUCCCAAAGUUAAAGGAGACGUCAAGGUUCAGGUGUAUAACCCUCUCGAUGCCAACCAUAUAUCGGUGGGAGUUCAAGUUAACUACAAGGCACGCAUGAAAACCACACCACCUUGCGAUAUCGAUGUAACUUUCUCCGCCAACCCACUGCCCAAAUCUGACUCGUAUGAGUUUCGGCUUUGGAUAUCGCCCUCGAAUCAAAGCCUCUUCAUAUACGAUUUUCUCGAAGGUGUAGGUAUAACUGACACAGUUACAUUCGAUGAUAUCAACAAUGUACUUCCCAUGCAUGCGAGUCCAGACACCACCUUUCUCAUCCACCAAAUAUCACUCGCCGUGGAGAAGAGCACUACUUCGGGGUGGAGCUUUGGAGACUGGUCUCUUAGGAUCAGUGUUGGCAACUUAAGGGUGCUGCCAGACGUGCUAAUGGUGAGGGAUGGCACCAUAGACACGGAGUAUUUGGAUGGAGUUUAUCACGCCUCUAUGCAGGCCGACUUUAUCAUAGAGAAGAUCAACACUAUUGCCAGAGCCUCCUUUAAGCUACCCCAAAAAGAUAAAGUUGGGAGUCUCAGCAUCGAAGUUCCCGAGGGAAUCUCAGUAUUAGACAUGAUCGAUGCGCUUGGGCUUCCCAAUGCCCUAAAUUCCCUGCCGGUUCUUGUCAAAUCCAUCCUGGAGGUUCAGCUCAUGUAUGCCCGCUUUACAAUCGGCUAUCCCGUCGCCAGUAGCAAAAAUGCUAAGAUCUUGGGUUGUGAGCUCGGCUUCAACUGGGAUGACGGACUGGAGAUUGGUUUUAUUGGCCUCAACUCAGUCAAGGUCGACGUUUUCUACACUAGCAGCGAAAGCCCGCUCGGUAGUGGCAAGACAGAAUACAAGUUCACCAUUGCUGCUAUGUUCAACAAGAACGCCGUCAUGGCUCACCUUUCGUACGACUCUGCCAUCGAGGAACUUAGUCUCAACAUCGAGGCAUUUCAGACCGUUCUCGUCACGGAUAUACUCAAGACCUUACUUGGAGAUAAGAUCACCAACGCUCUUGUACCAGCCAUUGGGACACUGGCCUUUCGCCAGGGUCGGCUUACCAUAGAUACUGGCCCUUCAAACGUUGUGAAGUACUUCAAGCUGGAGUUGGGGGAGACGGCGACGGUCAAGGUGAACAAUCUAACUGUGACUACCCUUCUCAUUGAGUACACUGCCGCUGUAUCAAAGCUACCAGAACCUAAGCCCGCUUCACUUCUGUUGUUGGGACAAGUACGUAAUGGGACAGCAGCAGCUAGGAUAUCCAUCAGCUGUAUCGCGAAGGGUGAUGAGCCAGCGAUGGUCAAAGCAUCGCUUGAACCCAUCUCCAAGACGGAACCCUUGACGCUGACUGGCCUUCUGACACUGUUUGGCUUCUCCAAGCCAACCUUUAUCGAACCCGAAGGAUGUCCCGAAUUUUUCAGCCUAAACGUAAUAGAAAUGUCAGCAACUAUAGAGGUUCGUCAGGCGACGGAGACAGAACGGGGCACUCUUAUUGUUAGAGCAUUGGAUGCUGUGGCCGUAUCUACCGGAACGCUGUCAAUCUUUGAUACAGUCACUCUUCAAAACAUUGGUCUCGGAGUACACUACACAAAGGACAAAAAGGAUGAAACAGUAUCUAUCACAGCCAAGGUCAUUGGAGAUCUGAUCUUCCAGGGUUUCCAGGGUCCCAUACGCGUCGCUUACAUCCAGACAAAGGAGGGACGGGAAUUUCAUGGUAUUUACAUCAAGCAAGAUGCUGCUCCUCCUUUGUCAUUCGAGAAGAUGGCAGGCCAGUUCCUCUCGGCAGACAAGUACGCGAUCCCCGAGCAUCUUGGAAUGCCAAAGAUAGGUCUCCGGCAGGUUGAAGUUCACUUGGUGAUCAAAAAGUCGUUGCAAAUCUCGGGAGUCGGGAGCAUGCAAUGGGGCUACGAGUCCAACGGCGUUCCCAUCGAUCUUGCCGAGAUAGGCGGGGAGAUCACCGUCAAGAAGACGAACCAGGGCUCUCUCCUCUUACCCGAAGGCACAGAAUAUAGCGCUUUCAUCACGGGAAAGCUGACCAUCACCGACUUCGCCAGCAAGACAGAGAUCCGAGCCAGACUUCGAAUUGGAUCUUCACACGACCCAGUGUUGACGGCUGUACUGCAAAAGACGACAAACGACAACAAGGAACUUGUGCGGCUUUCUCAAAACAUGAGUUCCAAUAAACAGCUGGCCUGGGACUGUGUUUCGCCAGAUGGAACUGCCGAUAUUAACUUUCCGUCCACUAAUGUCUACCUGUAUGCCGAUCUCUCUAGGAGCAAGGGCAAACUGUUCCUAUGUGCGCAUAUUGACGACCUGGGAGAUGCAACGAUAUUCGCCCGCCCUGACACCAACGACCCCACCAGACACAGCUACUUCUUCUCCGUAUCCUGCACCAAUCUAACCAAGAUAUGGGAGAAGACAAAGGAGCCGGUCAUGUCCACAUUCAAGCUGAGUCAGAUUGGAGCUCAGAUUAUAGGUUACCACGGAACUGUCGGUGGGCUGAAGGACGAGCUCGUCUUGAUCAAAACGGCAGCGAUUGCUGAAGACAUCAAAAUAGAAGAUUCAUCAUCCAUCCUUACUACCAUGGAUAAAGAAAAGAGGCUGGACCCUGGCGGCUGGUUCUUUGCGACUGUUCAACUCCAGCAGCCCAACCCCUCACCUUUGGUAAAGGCUCUGGAGGGGAGCAUGGACUUGAAUCAGGGUGGAGUUAUUACGCUGUUUGCCAACAUCGACAAGUCCGACCAGACACGUACCAUUUACGGUAUGAGUGUGAACAAUUUGUACCUUCUAGGAGGUACCAUGGUGGUAUCGGGCCAAGGCACGUAUACUCCGGCUGCGGGUGCCAACCAACCAACUAUUGCUGUCGACGCACAAAUGAAGUUGCUAUCCUUGACCAAAGACCCGUUUACGAUAACGGCCUCCCUCACUGUGACACCUAUCCUUACCGAAUUUUCCCUGACUGGCAAAACUUCCGGUCCCUUACAAAAGCCAUUUGGCACUAUGUUCAAUGCACAAAUCGAACUGGCCACUCUAAAAGGAGUCAUUCGUCAUACGGAGCCAAAGAGUGCUGUUUACACCUUCAAAGGCAGUGGGAGCAUUGGAUCCUCUUCUUUGAAGUUCUCUUCACUCAUCAUCUUCGAUCAAGACUUGAAGCCUACUGUUGUGGCAUUGGUCCUACUCACGGAGCUACCUGAUCCCAAACUAUCGGCUGUUAAACAACGGGAUCUGACAACCGAUGAUGUGUUCAGAGACAUCAUACAGCCAAAUAGCGCGACUUCCCCCUCAUGGCCUAUAGGAUACAGUAGGCUGAUCUUCAAAGCUGCAACUGUAUAUUACGCCUCCAAAGACUUUGUUGAUAGUGAUAAGAUGUCUUACGAGCAGGGUUACCAUGUAAGAGCGCUUGUCGGCUUUUUUGGUUAUGAUUUUACAGUAUCGGCAACCAUACCCCUUGACCAGUCUGGCCUCACGGUCGCCGCGACUUACGAAGGUACUGUUGACCUGUCGUUUGCCAAGUUCAAUAACACAACGGUUUCGAUUAUCACUGUUAAAGACGAAAGUGCUGCUGUAUACGGAGCGAAAGCUGAUCUCACGCUGUUCAUGAAGAGCGGGUUCCAUAUAGACCUCAAGUACCAGCUGGGACGAGAGCUAUACUCGGCCACAGGCAGUUACCGGGGCACAGAUACGAUCCUGGGUUUGUCAAAUCCCACAGUGACGCUGACGUACGACAACAAGACGGGGUUGAUGAGCAUCAAUAAAUGGUCUACCUACCAGGAUCUGAAAGACAAUCUUUCGACCGUGGCGUUUGCAGAAGGUCUGAAGGAAGCAUCAGGCCGAGAGAUGACGUGCGAGAAGAUCGUGCAGCUUAUCUUCAAGGAGAUUAUCACGACGCAGUACAAUAUGGAGUUCAAGGGCGCGUCAGUUAGCGACACGCAUCUUCUGCUGAACUUUUCAGGCACAUGGGAUGUCAAGAUCGUCCUCGAACCUCCAGUUACAAUCGCAAAGAUACCCUUACCAGAAAUCUCUAUACAGGUCUCCAAGAAGCUAUCCUUGGAUCAGCUUGGAGCGGCGAUCGUGAAGAUGCUGGUGGAUAAUAUCUCAUCUAUAGCCUUGCAGCUCUUGCAGCAGCCCGAGAAACUGGCUACGUUUUUCGGGGCUCUGGUGGUAAAGGAAUACAUGCAACAGACCAUCACAGCACUUAUUUGCCGUCGAGUGGACAGGCCAAACGUCAGAGAACGAGCCAAUCAACUGGUCGAAGAGAACGAGAGAGAUGUCAGAAGCAACCGACAAAGAAUCGAUGAAGAGGUUGGUCGGAGCAGUGCGAGCAGCAGUAUUGAAGUCGUGGGAGGCUCAUUGGCCACGGCUGAGGGUCUUCUCGACGGCUUAAUCACAUUGUUUGGCUUGAUGGGCUCACUGGUUGGGGUCUACAGUGUCAUGGCUCCUGGCAAAGCGGAUGAGUUGAAGAAGAAGGCUGCUGAGGCUAAGCAACAAAAGGAAAAGGCUGAGGCCAAGGUUGCUGAGUUGAAGGAGCGCCUUGUCCAGGGACUCAGCCUCGAUCCUCAAGUUCCAAUCUCAACCAGCUUCAAAGACGACGAGACAAUUAUGCUAGACUGGUCCAAGGUGCCUCUCAAGUUCCAGGCUGAUGCUACUCCUCUCUCUUGGGACAUCAUCUUUAGUCCAAGAGAUGACAUAAAUAACCCUGACGCGAUUGAGAUGUCAACUGCGAGUGCUUCACGAACCUUCACCACGCCACCCACUAGAGUAUUUCUUAGUGCGCCUUCGAUAUGGAUGUGGGUUCGGGCCAAGGCGUCUUUUGGCAAGACUGUGGUGCAGGGGUUGUGGCACCCAGCCCAGACGCUUACUCAUAUGCCAUCCAUGAUCCCUCCCAAGGAAGUCCGACUAGACUUCCCGUCUGUCAUAAACGGAACCCAUCUCACAGUCAGUAUGCCAAGGGUAGCGCCAGGAGACUAUCGGAUCUGUAUCGUCGCUCAAGAUGAUCUUGCCGCAUCUCGGCCACUGUAUUCGACCAGUGUACGCAUUGCUGCAACUUCUGAUUUUGCGAAACAAGUCCGCGUGUUGGAGGUUGAAGCAUGCACUCCUACCACUACUGGAAUACGCGCUGUCGCAAAGACGUUGAGCUCUGAGCCAGCCGAGAUCCGUGACUCGCCGUACACUUCCUCUCAGUCAAUAGAGAUAUUGCCACCACCACUCAAUCUGACUGCCAGCAUGGCCUGUCUAACUGUCAUGGCCACCUGGGAUCUUCCGGGGCAGUCACAAGACGAUUGCGAACUGGUGGUCCUGAAUGCGGUGACUGUUGAGCCUGAGACCACGGCCACAAUCGGAUUCCAAGCAACAAAGGAGGGACAACGUCUUGCUUCGGUACAGGACCCAUCAUUUCAAGAAGGGUACCACAUUGUCCUUGCCGCUCGUCAAAAGUCUACCAAGAUCUCAGCCAUCGGGCUCUACACCACCUUAUCCUUCGUUGUGUCCAACAUUCCACUAUGGACUAUUGAUGCGAUUGAGUCCCACUAUGUUGUUCCCUCAAAGAGUUUAGUUCUCCAUAUCGAAAGCGCCUCGCGAGCGGCUGGACCCUUGACAUUUGAACUCUUGCUUUCCGGAGUUACUACCGUCUCCCCUUCUUCUACCACGCGGCGCUCGGACACGUCAGUUGUUCUGGAUAUUGACAACCUAAAAGAGCCAUACCCAAGCACGGUGCAGGUCCGCGCGACAAACGCCGCUCAAGUCCGGGGCAUCUUCGGCGCCGCUUGGAAUUUUCCGUCUGUACCGCGAGAUCUCCCUGCUCCACAGCCCAAGAUAUCAUACACUGCAGGGAUUAUUACCUUGGCUUGGCCGGCUAUACCUGUUGCAAAGGUCCAGGUGCUGGUGUGGGUGCAAGACUCAAAGACAAUGAAAGUCUUGUGCAGCAAGAAGACGCCACCAUCUGCAACAUCCUUGAUGUUCUCCAGUCAAGACUUUUUGAUCGUCCCUGGGAUGGACCUCAUCUUCACCCUCAAUUCCAGAUUAGAUAAUAUUCGAGGCUCUACGACGAUGGUGUCAUACGAAAUUGCUGACAUGAACAAGGGCUGGGGCACUCCUCAUGAGCUGAUCAUCCCCGCACCAGAGACCAAGGUCACGUACUCAGCCGUGACGGCAUAUUCUGUUCCACAACCUAUGGACUCAACACUUUUCUGGGCCAGCAACUCGGCCAAGAAAAUAACUAAGCUGGACUGGAACACUGGCAAUUGGUUAGCAAGCACCAUCACGUCUCCGUCAAUCGACGGACUGGGUUUCUGUAGCAUUACCAAUACAUCGCGUCACACGGGGCACAAAGAAUGCUUCUACAUCAGGGAAGAUGGAAUAAUCAGAGGUUUUCUCUAUUUUGGCUCCGGGGGUGGUUGGAGCCCGCAAACAUAUGCCUUCGCAACCGAGACAGCCAACCUCAACAAUGGAGGGGUUAUCGACGCUGUAUCUCCCAACUCUACCACUUCUCUGCUCUGCUGGGUUGCUCGAGAUGGAUCCCUGAGAUAUUCGGUAUGGGGUAGUGGCACAAGGGCUUGGUCUGUAGCAAACUAUGCCGCCGAGCCUCAGUCGGCUACCAUCACUGAAGCCGGGUUCAUAAGGGCGACCAGCCAAGACGGAAAAGGUGUGCACGUCUUCUAUCGUGGGAGAGAUGGCGAUCUCCGCGGUGUGUUCUGUAACCUCGUUUCUGACGGUGGUUCCAUGACGUGGAAAGGAUUUACUAUUCAUACUGACCCUGACACAAGACCUCGUGGGAGUGCACUCUGUGUUUCUGGCGUCGGGACACCAAUCAGAAUCUUCUGGUCUAGUGCAACCGGAAGAGUGGUUGAGGCGCAUCGCGAUGGGGAAGAUCUUGACAGCUGGAAAGUCCAAUCUGUUACCGGCGCUGACAGUGUCGGCACAAGUAAUAUGACUGCUGUUUACAGAGACAGCGCGACUAUGUGUCUCUGGUGGAUCACUCCAGGUGGUGCUAUCUGUCGAGGUGAUGGGAAUAUAUCAACGGAUGGGAAGAUAUCGGACUGGACUGUCACAAAACAACUUCCCGACUGCACAGCUCUGUCAACUACAGCCAGCCCGUGGCCUCCUGGUGUUACUUCCAACUUCUACACCACAUCUCAUUCCAGUGUUAUGAGUAUAUUCUGGGUUUCGCCAGAUCAGGUUUUGAUGGGACAAACUUGGAGUCGGGAUCACUAA